CGUUGUUUUAGCAAAUUGACCCUCUUAUAAUAUAUGAUUAUUAACGUAAAUUAAACAAAAAACACCUCUAAGAAUGUAUUCUGCGCGUCAUUAGCGGUAUGGUUUUGGCAGUCGGCUUGACCGAAGGAGGACGGCAGACCAUCGCCAUACUCCUCGUCAUCUUGCACGUCAUUAGUGUCUUUGUUGGGGCAGGUCUCGGCACUGUGGGCUUCUUUCUUCGCUACAGUCUCCAGUCCAAGGUCAGUCUCGUCGAUGGAUACGAUGGCAAUGUCCUCCCCAUCGUCCUCAUGGUUGUCGGCAGCCUCACCGCCGUGGUCAACCUCGUCGGCAGCAAGGUUGCGUUUGUCGUCACCAAUCCCGUGAACAGAAAACGACUGCGAACUCUCCUGGUGGUUAACCUCGUGCUUCUCCUUGUCGUUCUCUUGGCCUUGCUGACAGCGGGAAGCAUGUGCUUUGCUCACCGACAUCAUCUUUCAAGGUCGUUCCACCACGGUCUCAUCAAGGCGAUGGGAAAAUACCAAGAAGACUACAAACUGAAAUACGACAUUGACAUGCUUCAGAUACAGAAUGAAUGUUGCGGUAAUAAUGGCUAUGAAGACUGGUUGGAUGUCCAGUGGAUUAACAACAAUUUCUUGGAUCUCUCCAACAACAAAAUCCAGAGUAAGAUGACAACUGGCAAAUAUUUGACCGAUGAUGUCCCCUUCUCGUGCUGUCGACCGACAUCGCCACGCCCAUGUAUCCACCACCAAGUCCAGGACAAUGACAUCCACUACAACUACGACUACCGCACCGACCUAACCCUUCAUACCAUAGGAUGUAAGAAGAAGCUCAUGGAGUACUUCGGCUCGCAAUUCACCAAGCUCGGCGCAGCGGCGUUCGGCUUGUUGGGAGUACAGGUAAUAGCUCUUCUGCUUGCCCGAUACCUGCAGACCUCGAUAGUUGGUGCCAUAGCUGAAGGAGACCCGGAGGCUUCCGCACCCGGUUCCCUCUGUCCUGGAGGAGACGGACCUUCCCCUUCAAAAGGAGACAGGGACGGUGGCACCAAACUUAAAAUAGGUGGUGGAAUGGUUGGGGAUGUGCCCUUUGGAAAAGGCAGAAGUGGCCCUAGUGGGUCCAUGGACGAUUUCGAGGACCAUGAUUUGGAUGCCGAAGAAGGGUAUGAUACCUUGCUGGAUGAUUCGACGUUUGAUGAGGAUUUUGAUGAGCCUGUCAACGCGAAUACCUCUAUUCCGACGAAAGGCUACAAUCCCUACGAGAACGAUGAUCGGUAUGGGAGUGAGCUAGUCUACAAAGACGUGAAACAGUACGAAAGCGAGUCGCCCUACGAGGAGCCGAUUCGCCAUGAGGAAGAGCCUCUGUAUGAGAAUAUCCCAGCAUAUCCACCCGCAUCAAUGGAAGAUCUUUAUGAAACUAUUCCAGCGUAUGCACCUCCAGCAAUAGAAGACCUUUAUGAAAAUAUUGCAGCAUAUGCAGCGCCAGUAAUGGAAAACCUUUAUGAAAAUAUCCCAGCGUAUGCACAUGGGAUUAUGGAGGAUCUUUACCAAGAAGCUACCGAUGCGCCGUUGCCGCCCAUGCUCCCUAGUGGUCCUCCACCGCAGAAGCCCAAAGGAGCUCCUCCACCGCAGAAGCCCAAAGGAGCUCCUCCACCGCAGAAGCCCAAAGGUGCUCCUCCACCGCGCCCAACAACAAGUCCACCGAAAAAACCAGGCGGACCGCCGCCCAGUAAAACGAGUACUCCGAAGAAAAAACCACCUCCAAGGCCAAGUCAACCGCCAUCUCGGCCAUCUCCUGGUGGGAAAGCGAAGUCCGGCAAAAAUGGUCCUCCCAGACCUGACAAACCUCCAUCAAAGAAAAGCGGAGGAAGUCAACCCAAGACUAGCACACCUAAAAAGUCAGCGCCGAAACAGAGCCCCAAGGCCGAUAAGAAAAAUGCAAAAUCCUCCCCCAAACGAAGCGGCAGUGCCAGUCCGAGCAAGUCAGGCGGUGUGAAGAAAACAAGUGCUAAGACAAAGUCAGCAAAACCUGCAUCGACGACAAAAUCUCCAAAGUCCAAGACAAGUUCUAAAUCCAAAUCUGCGAAGCGAAGUCCAAGUAAGAGUCCAAAGAGGAGCCCGACGAAAAGCCCCAAAUCAACUCCAAAAACCAAAAGCGCCCCCAAAUGGAAGAAGGGCCCUCCACCGAAGGGUGGGAAGGUCAAAUCACGUGGUGGAAAGGGAGGCGCCAAACGAGGAGGUGCCAAAAGAGGAGGUGCCAAAAGAGGAGGUGCCAAGAAGCCCAAGAAACGGUCUAAGAAUAGAAACAACAACAUUAUUGGAUUAAGUGAGAGCGAGAGGGAGUCCUCGAAUAGCAGCAGUCUAGACAACGAAGAGACCGACUCGUCAUCAUUGUCAUCAUCAUUGGAUAGCAGCUCAUUGGAUCUGGAGGCUGGGUCAAUUUCGGGAGAGUCCGAAGAAUGGGAUGUAUCAUCAGAUACACCGCUAUUAAGAUGAUGAACUUAACCAUUAUGGUUAUCGUUUACUUUACUCAUGUUGCUCAUUCCUUGUAAACAAGUCAUCCACAAAAUCAAAAUGGCGACAAGUGAAAGGAAACGUCUCAUAUACGUUUACCCCAUCGCUCUCCGAUGUGUAAAGACUAAAGAGAAGGGGAAGAAGGAAGAUCAGGGGAGGUGUGGUUCAAGUUUGAAUGGGGGUAAGAGAUGUCGGAUCAUUGUGGUCAAGAUUUCUGAAGGGGAGGGGGGGGGAAGCAAAAUUUGCAGUCAAGACUCCCACUUC